AUGUCUCCCGUAUCUCCUAUGGAGUCUGGAAGCCAGGCACCAUGGGCAUCAACAUCAACCUUUGGAGGCGCAGCAGCAAUGGGAGCCGGUGCCAGCGCCGUCGCUGCACGGCACUCUCUAUCUAGCUCUACCCCAGCACCCAGAUACUCCGACGAGAAGCCAGCACAACAACACCAAUACAUUGAUUCCAAGAUACCAGAAAGCAACGAGAUGCCGACAAACGCGAACAUCUGGGAAAUCGACGGCAGAGAGAUGCCACCGCCCAGCGAGUUGGAUGCGGACCGGUUGGUCAGGCUCUUUGAGCAGGUCGAUUAG